AUGAUAUGAAGAAGAUACAGGGGCUACUUGAACUAAGAACAGUUACAAACGAGAUGGUCCGCUUAAUUGAGACAGCAACUGCCCGUGUCUUGGCUGUUGACAUUGCUGGUAACAUAAAUGGAUGGAACAAAAAAGCUGCAGAACUAACAGGGUUACCUGUAAUGGAAGCCAUAGGGAGGCCUCUGAUAGAUCUUGUUGUUGCUGAUUCUGUUGAAGUGGUUAAGCAGAUUUUGGACUCAGCUUUACAAGCUUAGUGUCUCCUUGUGUUUCAGGAAUUGAAGAGCAAAAUCUGGAAAUCAAGCUUAAAACAUUCCAUGAACAGGAGUGUUGUGGUCCAGUAAU